AUGGCUGAAACGAGUUUAUAUGGCUCAAAGCUACCCUUUUCAAUGGACAUGAUACUUAUGGAUGACAAGUCUUUGCUAACUGAAGGAAAAGUAUACCAGAUUUCAUUCUUUGAUGUUGGCGAAAGCGGAUGUGAUUUUCUCCCAAUCGAGCAUCCAUUCAAGAUCAACUUUGAUAUUCAGACUUCUGUACGAUUGCUUCCUAACAAGGCUAUCAACAUAACGCCGUACUCUUUCGUUCCACUUGGUGACAUAAUGUAUAAGGACCUUGAUACAUCAUUCCUUAUAGAUGUAAUUGGAAUUCUCACUGGAGCAAGUGGAGAACAAGAGUUCGAAAAAGAUGGGUUCGGGUUGAAUGUGUUUUUCGGAAAAUAUGCUUCUGAAGUCGUUGAUAAUCUUUCAUUUGUUGAUGCAACCAAUGCUGUCGUGGUUGUGCAGUGUUGUAAGGCUAGCAUAAAAAAUGUUUAUGGUGCUAUUAGGGUUCUUUAA